AUGAGCGAAGCCGGCAUCAAGACAUCGCAGCGCGUGAGCCGCUCGUGCGUCGAGUGCAGCCGUCGCAAAAUCCGCUGCGACAAGAAAUCCCCCUGCGCGCCCUGCGUGCGCCGCAAUGCCGGAAACUCCUGCCGCCGGCCGAUCGUCCGCGUCAGGGGACAGCUAACCGUCUACGCCGACUCCGAGGCUGGCAGCGCGGAGGAUGUGCAACUCGAGGACCUCCUGCGCGAACGAGGCGCCCUGCGCGCCCAGAUUGCUGAACUCGAGACUGCUCUUGCGCUGUCGAAGCCGUGUGCUCAUAGCCGCACCAGCGAAUCUACGGACUAUUCUGCACCGUCGGCUUCCCUGGAGGACCUGAUCCCGGCGUUUGAACAGUUCGAUAUCGGAAUCACGACCAAUGCUGCGCGUGAGGGUGGCGAGAAGGAUCUCAUAGAUAGACUUUACGAACCUGCUGCGGAUCCCAUCUAUCUGCUUCUUCCCAGUAAAGACGCUAGUAUCCAACUCGUUACCUUCUCGCUCCAAACGCUGGGUUGGCUGCACUGCGCCGUGGAUGCUGAUGUGUUCUUCGGAGAACAUGAAGAGUUCUGGCAGAGUACGCAGCUCGGUGCUGGCAUCGAUCGCGCACGGAGACCUUGGCUGGUUGUCUACCUUGCUGUCCUUGCUGUGGGCAUACUCUAUUCCAACCCAGACGAAAUCCCCGAUGUCAACCAACUACCUCAACUUGGAAUGCCAUUGGACAAUCCUGUUUCUAUUGCAGUACACACGUCUCGUCUCUGGUAUGAGGCUGCGCUGAAAGAGUUAGAGAGGUAUGGGUUUGCAGGCUCACCUUCUCUCCCUGUUGUUCAGGCCCUGUCAGUACUGACACUAUGUCAUUCCAACUUUGGUGAACACCAGCGAGAGUGGCUCAUCACCGGCUUUGCGACAAACAUGGCUAGAUGCCUUGAUAUGCACAAGCUGGGGAAUGAAGUCAACAUCUCCAAAGACCUGUGCAAAAGACCGGAGUGGUCGUCCCCUUCUCAGCGAGAAAUGGGGCGUCGGUUGUGGUGGGCUUGCGUUAUCCGGGAUUGGCUUGGAAGUUGGUCUCGACCGCCAUCAAUUUCACCCGCCAGCUUUUGCUGCCAUGUAUCGACCAUCACCAGCCAGGACGACUACAUACUACCCAGAACACCCAUGGCUGAUAGUCCUGCUUCUUUCGAGUCUGGAAAUCUCGCUACUCCUUCGCCGGCUCAUUACCAUUCAAUCAUGUGCCGUGUCUCUUACAUAGUCUACAUCUACAUCAAAGCCAACACGCACCAGACGAAUCUCAAGUUCAUCAAAGCUAUCGAGGAGGUUCAGACUGUUCGGCGAGACCUACCUCUGCACCUAUCGCCAAACUUCCCGGCCAAUGAAGACGAUAGGAUAUGGGAGUUAGAGUACCCUUGGAUACCAUUCCAGCGCUAUCAGAUCCACUACGUUAUUGACUUCUUAUUGCUGACCAUCGCUCGUGUGUUGUCACCGGAAAAUCCAGAUGAUGACCCAAACUUCAGACAGCUGGCCCUCCAGUCGGCGAACAAUAUCCUAAACUACUACGCGAAGCCUGUUCCGAGGGUUUACAGGUUAGUCUGGGUUAUAUCUGCGUCAACAGUCGCAGCUGCUAUAUACGUAUCGUUAGACAUGCUUGCCAACCCGCAUGACUAUCGAGGUGACGCAAAACUACGAAUCAUCAACCUCCUAAGAAUGGCAUUUACUGAGCUGAGAAAGCACUCUGCCGUUGCUGUCCAUGCAGCGAAAGGCUCGGCUGUACUUGAGGGACUUUUGCCCGUGCUGGAACGACACGACACUGAGCUUCCUGGAACGUCACGUACGAUACACGAACUACUGCAGCAGCUGUCGAUGGCUGAUCACAGCAACACCAACGACUUGUCCAACUCGGCGCCUCCAAUGGACGGCUUUGCCCACCACGGCAACUACGAGAACAUCGACAUGUUCGAUGGGAUUGGCAGCACACUCAAUGCAACAUACGGUUUUGACGACUGGGACGAAGUGUUUGCUCAAAUGUGA